CUCAUUCAUUCAUUAUCUUACCUUUCUGCUCUCUUUCUCCAUUUAACCAAAUACUGUGGGAAACAAUGGCAUCUUGUGCAUUUGUAGCUUAGUUUCAUGAUUCAUCCUGAAUUUUUUCUUCGUGUACUCUGUGAAUGCACACUAAUGGAGAACGCUGCGCCUGCGCAGGCUCCAACGGAUACUCUUCCAAGCUAAAGUUUGAAAUUUGGCGGUAACCCCGCCCCUCUCCCCAGAGGGUAUAAAGGGCGCCCUCCGCGCCCGCUCUCUGGUUCCUUUUUUUCCGCCGCAAAGCUCACUUCGGACUCUUCAUUCUUAUGUCGACCACGCGUUUUAAGCGGUGCACUCAGUGUGCCGCUAAGAUUCCAGAUUCCGACGGUCACGCUAAGUGCCUUUUCUGUCUCGGCGAAAGCCACAUCGUGGGUACCUGCUGCUUUUGCCUGGCCUUUACAGCUCAGGCCCGAAGAAAUAGAGCUGCGAGACUCCGCGCAGCUCUUUACGAAAAAACUCUUGCUCCUGAGGCUUCUACUUCCACCUCGGCCUCGAUGGUGUCAAGGCCUGCUCCGUCGGUAUCAUCCAAAACCUCGAAAACUUCAAGACCAAAACCGGCCAAACCGCCCUGCACGGUGACCACCGCUACGGUUUCCACCCGGUCGGGCAAAAUGGGCCCUUCAUCGACUUCGAGUUCGGUGGCUUCGGCCAUUUCCACUCGAUCCCGCCUGGCUUCGCCGCCAUCUUCUUCCGCCAUGAAGAUUGCCUUCAAGAGGGCUCAGGAGGAAUCCAGACGGGCCCAAUCUGACUCAGCAGCUGUGUGCCCGAUCCCCCCGACGCCGGGAAAAUCGCUGAGGGUCGCGUCGAAGCAACCUCCAGCAAAGAAACGAAUGAUCCAGAGGUCGUCCUCCUCAGCGUCUUCGAAGAAGGACGUCCCCUCCUCUGUGGCUUCCUCUAGGAGAUCCUCUCUUAUCCAACCAGCACAACGCCUCCGCUCCUCUUCCUCUCCUCAUGGUCAGUCCUCAGAUGCGGACGCUCAAGCCUCCCCCGACCGGUCGGUCAGGACAGUUAUUAAGGAUCCCCAGCCGACACCAUCUCGUCUUCCGGCUCGACAAGAACUUUUUCCCCCGGCUCAAACACCCGAGAGGGGUAGACAGAUGACGCGUUUAGCCCGUGCCGCCCAGGCUUCCGCGUCCAAGGGCGUUCGUCCACAGCCGGCUCCCGCUGCUCCUGAGGUGAUACCUCAUCAGGACUCUGCGCAUGUUUCUCCUCCCCGGUCCCCUCAAGGGCCCGAGGAGGAUGACCCCGAUAUCGAACACCCCGAGUCGAUCCUCUCCGCCUCCGUUGUCUCUCUCGUUCUCGACCUCUCCCCGCCUCACGACGCCUACGAGGUCGACCCACCUUCCCCGACGGAUAAUAUCCGGGCUUUCUCCGACCAGAUGGUCAGAAUGGCAGAUGCUCUGGGGAUGGAAAUUAAGCAAACCUCAAAAGCUGUUACCGACCCCGUUUUCAAGAGGGUCCAAGCCCAAGCCCCCCCAGCCACCUUGCUGCCUUUUCUUCCAUACCUCCUGGACGUAAUCCAGGCAUCUUGGAAGACUCCAUCUUCGAUACAUCCAACCUCUAAGAAAAUAGAGGCCUGGUACCGAACCGAUGACGAAGCCUUGGAAUGGCUCAAGCAUCACCCUGACCCAAACUCCAUGGUGGUAAAGGCCUCCCAAUCGUCGGGUCGACAGUCCAACUCCCCUGCCGACAGGGAAGGUAAACGAUUCGAUGCGGUAGGCCGCAAGCUGUACUCCGGCGUUCUCCUCCUUUGCCGUAUGGCGAACUACGGGGCCUGCAUGGGCGCUUAUCAACAGAUCCUCAGGGGAAAAGCCCAACCUUUCUUCGCCAAACUUUCUGACGAAGACCGGUCAGUCCUUUCGACCCUCCAACAGGAGGCGGACUCCCUCGCACACCACCAAAUUCAAAUGGCUAAACAUACCGGUGAUACCGCCGGAAAAAUGAUUGCCCACGCAGUCGCGAUCAGACGGCAUGCAUGGCUUCGGUCCUCAGGACUCUCUUCUUCCUCUCAACAAGUGAUCGAAGACCUUCCUUUCGACACCCAGGGCCUUUUCAAUUCUGGUACUGAUGACAAACUGAAGUCCAAUCACGACUUCAAGAUUCUCGCAACAAAGUGCGGGACCGAUCAACCUCAGACUCAGCGGACCCGAUGGUUCCCGCAACGGUACCGUCGCUACCCUCAGCCUUUUCGUCACCAGCCGUUUCGACGCUCGUCGAGCUCGAGUCACCACAGUCAUCAGCAACAACCUCGCCGCCAGCACCAGGUUCCGAAAGGUCGGGGCAAGGGUGCUGCAGCUAUGCCACAACCCCAACGACGGGCCUGA